GAGGCGCUGCUGUUGGAAGGAAAGUAUGCCCCAGACGCCUCCCUUUGCAGCGAUGUUUGACAGCAGCGGCUACAGCCGAUACCUGUUCCAGUCCAAAGAGGACAGCUGUGAAGGGCUGUAUUACCAUGACAACAAUUUGCUCUCAGGAUCUUUGGAAGCUCUCAUCCAGCACUUGGUGCCCACUCUCGAUUACUACCCAGAUAGAACAUACAUCUUUACUUUUCUGCUGAGCUCUCGGCUUUUUGUGCACCCUUAUGAAUUAAUGGCAAAAGUCUGCCAUCUCUGCACCGAGCAGCAGAGGCGAGUGGAUUCUGCAGCUGAUCAAGGCCGGUUAAGGAAAAUUGCCCCCAAAAUCCUACAACUUUUGGCUGAGUGGACAGAGACAUUUCCGUACGAUUUUCGGGAUGAGCGCAUGAUGAGAAAUCUAAAAGAAUUGGCCCACCGAAUAGCCAGUACAGAUGAGACCUAUCGGAAAAACGUGCAGCAAGUCCUCCAGAGCCUCAUUCGUAAGCUGGCUUCUCUUAACCAAUACGAGGAAGUUCUGGCAAAAAUCAAUGCUACUUCAACCGAUAGGCUGACGGUUUUAAAGACCAAACCCCAGGCCAUCCAACGAGAUAUCAUCACCAUUUGCAGCGAUCCUUACAUGUUAGCCCAGCAGCUGACUCACAUAGAGAUUGAGAGACUUAGUUACAUUGGGCCACAAGAAUUUGUCCAAGCGUUUGUACAGAAGGAUACCCUGGAUAAUGAGAAGAGUUCCUACGGGGAUCGGAAGAAGUCUCGGAAUCUGGAAGCUUACGUUGAAUGGUUCAAUAGACUGAGCUAUUUGGUUGCCACAGAAAUAUGCAUGCCUAUCAAGAAAAAACACAGAGCAAGAAUGAUAGAAUACUUCAUUGAUGUCGCUCGAGAGUGCUUCAACAUCGGCAACUUUAACUCUUUAAUGGCUAUUAUUUCUGGCAUGAAUAUGACUCCUGUCUCCAGAUUAAAGAAAACUUGGUCAAAAGUCAAGACUGCCAAGUUUGACAUUCUGGAGCAUCAAAUGGACCCUUCCAGCAAUUUCUACAAUUACCGCACUGCCCUACGUGGGGCCACCCAGAGGUCUUUAACAGCUCACAGCAGCAGAGAGAAGAUUGUGAUCCCAUUUUUCAGCCUGCUUAUCAAGGACAUUUACUUCCUCAACGAAGGCUGUGCCAAUCGCUUGCCCAACGGCCACGUCAAUUUUGAAAAAUUUUGGGAGCUGGCUAAACAAGUGAGUGAGUUUAUGACAUGGAAGCAAGUGGAGUGUCCUUUUGAGAGGGACCGGAAAAUCCUUCAGUACCUGCUCACCAUUCCAGCCUUCAGUGAGGACGCACUUUAUUUGGCGUCGUAUGAAAGUGAAGGUCCAGAGAAUCACAUUGAAAAAGACAGGUGGAAGACACUCAGGUCCACGCUUCUGGGGAGAGGUUAAUGCGUGGCUGGGUCCUUGCUGCAAUUGCUGCUAUGAUCUUGACGUGGGUUCUUAAUGAUGAAGGCCAUGGCUGAGGUCGCUUAUUUAUUUACCCAUCCCUCCUCUUGACGGCCAAGAGGCCUUUUAAGUUAUGAGAGCUAAAUAGUUGGUGAAGAGCAAGUCGGGACAUGGAUGCUGAGAAGAAAGCCGAGCUGACUUGAGUGCAGGAAAGGCAGCUUUUCCCCUACCCACUGGAAUGUCAAGUUGGGUGGCGUGGGCUUGAUCAAAGACAACCCAGUGAAGAAAGCCUUUUGAAGAUCUGAGUCUACUGUGAAUCAUUUUGAAGCACCUGGAUGGGAUUCCCCCUUCCC